AUCCUCUCGGAACCCAAUUUUAAACCGCGAUUCAGCCGAGACAGCGCAAGGUCACGUGAAUUACCCCCCGGAUAGACUCGGCGGCCCAAACAACAUAUGGCCGCCUCCCUGGAGCUGUGCGGAAACGUCCGUUGGGACCGUACCAACUUCCGGCACGUGCCGCGUGUGUAGGAGCCGGUUCGUCCACCCCCGGCGGGGCCUGGCUUUGGGCUGGUCCGUGUGACAGUUUUUUUUCAGGUGUAAAAGUUUUCCUCUCACUUUAAAGACAUGGAUAGUUUUGUUGAACAACUGAAAAGGGGAACAGAGGAAGAGUUUACAGAAGAGUCUGCGUGGGAUGGGUCUGCAGUAAACACCACAAGCAGUUCACUUCCAGCUAUCUAUUUACCUUUACUCCCGCGGUACCUUCGGCAUCCAACAACCAGAGGUCGAAAGGCAACAGAAUUUCAGGAGACUAAGAAAGCUUGUUUAAAUUACAUUCAGGAUGCCCUGCUACAACACCAGUGGCAGAGGGCUGCAGAAUUCAUGACUAACUAUUUGGAGACAUUAGAGAAUACUUCUGCUGAAAAACGGAUGGCUGCCCCAGAGGUGAUUUGGAGAAUAGGAACUGAAAUUUUGUGCCAUCAUUCCAAGAGCACUAUUGAAGAGUUCAACUAUUUUGCUGAGCGGAUGAAAAAUCUAGGAGUAAAAAGGUAUUUAAAGGUCUGUUUAGAGCAUGUCUUUUACCUCCUGUGUAAUGGACUGAUAGAUGAGGCAUACCAAAACCUGUCCCUGGCAGAAGGCUGGAGGUAUGGAGAACAAACAACUGCUCAGGAUAAAGAAUUGAAACUCAUUCAAGCUUACAAGGGGCUGCUGGACUACUAUAACUGGGCCAAAAAAAGAAAAGCCAUGUUAGAGCUUGAUGGUAAUUUUGCAGACUCUGUUGAACAGGAAAUGCACAGUUUCUUUCGGCAGGCAGCAGUGAAUCUCAAGGAGAUAAUUAAAAUUCCUGGAGUUUGGGAUCCUUUUGUGAAGUGCUAUGUGGACCUAUUGGAAUUCUAUGAGGAUUAUGAAGAAGUCCGGCAGGUGUUAAGCGAGUAUGCUUACAAUUCGAAGUUUCCUCCCAAUCCCAAUGCUCAUGUUUAUUACUAUCAGUUCCUAAAGAGACAGGGUGAAUCAAAGAAGACACUGAUGUCUGUGCUCAAGAUUUUGCACGAGAUUGUUCCCUCUCAUGAAUUAAUGUUAGAAUAUAAUGCCCUGCUUCAAAAAUCAAAAAAAAGAAAAAACCAUAGACUGGGGCUGGAGAUUAUUUUCACACUCCUGGAUUUUGCUGGGUGGAAGGAGCAUGUGAAAGCUUGGAGCUGUUUAGCAAAACAGAUUAAACAGAUCCUGGAGAAGUGAUCAUUGUGUGGAUAGUGAGUUUCUGAGCCAGCACUGAGUGACAUUAACUACAACUCCAAAGGAAGCCAUCUCCAAGCAGCCCACUCUGGUUAGAAGUUUACUGUGAUUAGAAUUCAGAGGAGUGGUGAAUAAAGGUGUUCAAAGGGGUGAUGCUGGAGGCUUCUCUACUCCCUCAAAGGCAAACUGUGCACCUGAACCAUUCAUAAUAUUGGCUGAGUGUGUCAAUGGUGCCCUUUAACAUAGUAUACACGUUUUGUAUGUAAAAGGUGCUCCGGGUUGUUUCUAGCUCUACCUUUUAAAAACACUUCUCAAAUAGUAAGCUCUAUGAGACCAGGAUGAUAUCUUUCUUUGUAAAAUACCCUGUAAAUGUAAUGCUUUUUUACAAAUAGAUCUGGUGUUGAGUAAAAAUAGUGUUUGGAAAGCAUGUAGGCCCAUGUUCAAUGAUUUUAUGCAGCAUUUAUUUAAAGAUCAACCAAUGUUGCUAGUCUCGUGGAUGGACAAUUAAGAUAUUUUCACUUUUGACCUAUUAAACCAGAAGUGUCUUGGUGGUGUUUCUGUUUAGUGAAAUUUGUUCAAAAGAUCAGCCUUAUCUGCAGUCUCCCAGCCCGUGAGCCAACCCCAGAGUAUAACCAAAUGACCUGGGAACAAUUCUCAUAUUUAUUGAAAAAUUACCUUCAUAAAACAGCCAGUUUGUCAGUCCCUUAAGUGGCAACUGGGACAAAUUUAUCCCUGGCGUCACUUCAAAUUUACACACCCCUUUAAACUGAAACAACUUCACGAUCAGGUUUCUCGCAAACGUAGUUAUUAAAUUUGCUUACUACUAUUGUACUAAACUGGCACACAAGCUAAAAUGUCACUCCAUUUUCUGUAUAAAAUUUAGUUUAGUUCUCAUUUCAAACCCUAAUUAGUGCCAGCAUGCAGACUUUAAAUGAGAUGGUGCUGCAUUCUGUAGUGUAACUCUUCCUUUUCAGCUGGCAGUGCCGCUCAGCCCUGCGGUGGCCACUACCCCUUUUUUCUAUCAAAUGUGUGGUGGAUUGAAUACCACAUGCAUCCCAGGCACCUGGAAGCAACAUAUGAAAUGUGCAGCACUCGGAGCAAUGCUUUGGUAACUUCCACUUUAUUUAAAAAAAAAAAAAAAAAAAGAUUCCUCCCGCCCAAC